UUGAAUUUCAAUUUGCCCUCAGGGGGCUUUAAUUAAUUGGGUUGGAUCCCUUUUAACUCUCUCAACUCCUCCUCUUCUCUUUUCUUUCUCACGCGCCCCUCCGCUUCUUCCUCCCUCUUCAAACCCUAAACCUAACCUAACCUAACCUCACCUCCCUCCGGAGCUUCUCCCGUGCUUCUCCCGUCGGAUUCGAAAUGAAAGGUGGUAAAUCGAAGUCGGACUCGAAGAAAGCAGACGCCAAGCUUGCAGUGAAAAAAGGUGCAGCUAACGCGGGCAAGAAAGGAAGUAAGAAGGCAGGGAAAGAUCCCAACAAACCCAAGAGGCCUGCCAGUGCCUUCUUCGUUUUUAUGGAAGAGUUCAGGAAGAAGUUCAAUGAGGAGAAUCCAAAUAACAAAGCAGUGUCUGCUGUUGGUAAAGCUGCUGGACAGAAAUGGAAAUCAAUGACGGAUGCUGAAAAAGCACCUUACAUUGCUAAGGCUGACAAGAGGAAGAUUGAAUAUGAAAAAAAUAUGAAGGCCUAUAACAAGAAACAGGCCAGUGGAGCCAAUGCUGAGGAAGAAGAUGAAUCUGAGAAGUCAAUGUCUGAGGUGAAUGAUGAUGAGGACGGAGAUGAGGGGAGUGAAGAGGAGGAUGAUGACGAGUGAUGAAGAUGUAGAUGAUAGUAACGUCAUUUAGGCUGUCAGUGUAAUUGAUCUUUCCAUAAUAAUGGUCUGAUCAUUUCCUGUUAAUUGGUUUUUUAUAUCACGAAAAUAUUUUAGUAUCUCCCUGUUAUUUUGUUUGUGCAUUCAGUAACUAAGGGUUGUAAUGGGAGAUCAACUGUCUUGUACCUUACAAUGUUAGUUAUUCCAAUCCAACUGUUUUUUGUUUUGCUUU